UGCCGGGAGCAUGUACUCUGGGAGAGCCUUCUGCAAGCUCAAGAAAAUGUCUAAGAACAAGAGUGGUAAGAAGCAUUGGGAUGUGAAUACUGAUGCCAACGAGAAAAAGACCGAAGUGAAAUCUGAACCAAUCGACAUACUGACGACGGCCUACGACCUAAUGACCUUCGUCUCCCGCAAUAAGUUCGGCCCUGGAAUGGGCAUUAUGCGCUGGCUGUCGGCGCAGAGGAACCAAAGGGGUGGAUUUAUAUCCACUCAGGAUACGACUGUGUCCCUCGAGGCUCUCACCCUGUUCAUGGUUGGCGCACAGCCUGACAACUACAACGUCAGACUCCAACUCACAGCCGGGGAUGAAGUCAGGACCGUCACCGUCAACAACAACAACGCCCUCGUCCUACAGAGCAUCGACCUUAUGUCCAUUCCACCCGAGUUGAAGGUUUCCGCAGAAGGCACUGGGUUUGCUGUUGUUGAGCUUGGCCUGUUUUACAACGUAGAGUCUUUGGGUGACGCCAGCGACGUAUUUGAUGUCAGCACGGUGCUUCUCGACGACACCACCAACGGCUUUACUCUAAUGACAUGUGCCAAACAUCUCCAGGACGGUUCGAGUGGGGUGUGUGUUGAGACCAUCCAGAUUCCAUCCGGGUUUACAGCUGAUCUCUCCAGUGCAGGCAACAUAGUGGGACUUAAACGCCUAGAACAGACAGACGGUCAAGUCGUCGCCUACUUUGAUUCGGUUGGGAAGACCUCUACAUGCAUGAAGCUGUCUUGCUCCAGGACGAACAUGGUGGCCAAGAACAAACCUGCCUACAUUUCCAUGGUGGACUAUUACAAGCCGGAUGAUAGCACUGUGGUCUCCUACCAUCCUCGUAAACUUCAGAAGUCAAGUGUCUGCGAGAUAUGUCCCCAGUGUUCCGGCUGUAGUCAACGGUCCUAGACAACGUGGACAAAUGGAGUUAACAGAUCAGCCUGACGUUUCAACAAUACACACAGCUUAUAACUGCUCUAGUGUCGGAAGUUGAAAUAUUACAGUGACAAUGUUUGAUGACAUUCCUGUGUAUUUUUAUAUCGGAAUAUACCUCCCAAUAACUGUAUCCCAACCUGCCUGAAGUUGACGCAGAGAUCCAGCAGAACCCGUGCAAGGUUCUAUCUGGGAGAUGAUCGCCAUGACACUCUGGUGCGGGUUAACUAUGAAACAAAUAUGCCUGACGCUCAUACAAUAUAACAUCGGCCAAAUAUUUUAUAUUGAAAUAUAUUUUAUAGCUUAAUUGCAUAAUGCCCGUACACAAUUACCAAUGCCGAUUGCUUGCUCUAGAUUCAGUUCCAUAUAUUAUUUCAAAAUCAUUGGUGUCUCUCACUUUGUUCACACAUCAGGGCAAAUAACCUGCCCAUUAAUGGAAAGCUGGAUACAUGGCUUGGACCGUAAAUAAAGUCUCAGCAGUGCUGUAUUUCUUUGGAGAA